UCAAAAAGUGUAAACAUUUCGAUUGGCACUUUAAUUACGCAGUUCUCAUUGUCAGCUGUGUGUGUGUGUGUGUGUGUGUAAGUCGCACAUCAACAGUAAAAAAGAACCAAUACUACCAAUAAAGGCAAAGAAAGGGCAAGAUGAAUCAGAUGAUUGCGCUCCGCACUGCAAAAAGUAACCUGAGCCGGAUAGUAACCAGGAACUUCUGCAGAACCACGACCCUGAGAAAAGAGGGAGAUGUUGCAAAAUCUGAACCAACUAAGGCUAAGGAAGCUCCCCUUAGUGGAGUGGAGUCAAUUAGAUUAGGUUCAAGAAGUCAUGCGCCAAAUAACCUUGAAAAACGAUUCUUAGUCUGGUCAGGCAGAUACAAGAGUGUUGGCGAUAUUCCUCCAACUGUUCCAGAAGAAGCGAUUGAGAAGGCAAGGAACAAGGCCCGUAUCAGAAUUGCAAAUUUCAUGAUGGUCGCAACAAUUAUUGGAUGCAUUGUUUGCAUCAUCAGUGGCAAACAUGCCGCAUCUCGGGGCGAGAGUGUUCAUAAGAUGAACCUAGACUGGCAUCGCCAGUACAAUGAAUCACACCCUGCCGAAGCAUCAAAAUGAAAAAUAAAUUAAAUUAAAAUUAAGGCUGUGUGGUGUCAGAGAGACAACAUGGAAAAAUAAAAUAAUACUAUUUGUUAAUUUAAGAUUAGCGCGCACUUUCACUUACUAUUGUACAGUUUAUUUUAGCAAACAAUAAACAAAAAUGCUCAUAGA